GUGGAUGACACUCGAAUGUCAGUGGAGCCAGUCAGUGCCUAGGCGUCCAGCCUUCGUCCCCAUCGAGAAGUUGAGGGACCGCAUGGACUACGGGCAGAGGACAUCAAUGGAUAUUAUAAAGGGAAACCUAGAUGGAAUUUCAAAACCAGCCUCAAGUUCAAGAUCACGUCCUGGGAGCCGAAGUUCAAACGGUUCUCUGGAGGUGCUCUCGCCAGAACCAGGGCCUGUCAAGAUUGACAUGGUAAACAAGUUGAAUUCUGGCAAAGAGGGUCAGACAUCAAGCAGUAGUGUGGAAGAAAGAAGGAAUAGCAAUGAUGAUAAGUGGGCAGACGACUCCAAGACAAAACCAGCCAAGGAGAGCUCAGAUGAAGACUCAGACCUGACACAGCCUCAGGUGACCCCUGAGCAUUCAGAUGAUCCCAAAUUAGAAGAGACGGAUGCUGUACUUCAAAAUGCUAUUCGUAAGAUGCACAGACUUGACAAGAUAUUGGCCAAAAAACAAUGUAGAGAAAAGGAAGUUAAAAAGAAAGGUCUAGAAAUGAGAAUUAAGCUGUGGGAAAAGCUCAAGUCUGCAAAAAACUCUGAAGACUUGGAAAACGACGAGGAGUUGGGAAACACAAAAAAGUUUUUGUGCUUGACUUCAAAAUCUGCAGGGGCAGCAGCUGUAAAGCCAUUGCACUAUGAGUUCGAAGACGCCCUUUUCUCAGUGUUUCAUACUCAGAUUCCUCCAGAAACUUACGAAAAUCACAUGGAGAAGGUACUAGAUUUUACCUGUGAUGUGGAGAAAAGUGAGCCAUUGAUCAAAACAGAAAAACAACCAUUUUCAAAUACAGAAGCGAUUGAGCCUAGGAGUGAACAUAGCCAGGGUUCCAUCAGGCAGAACGCUGAACACAGCCAGGGUUCCAUCAGGCAGAAUGCUGAACACAGCCAGGAUUUCAUUAAGCGGAACAUUGAGUUGGCCAAGCAUUCCAGAAGCCCGGUGGUUAUGGUUGAAGGAGAGAAGAAGAGGCUGGAUGAGCUCCUGAAAGGCUGGGAUGAUACAGACUCAGGAUUGUCCAGUUCUGAGGGUGAUCAGUGUGGUUGGCUGGUUCCAGGAGAAGGCUAUACCCUUGCAGCCACCGAGUCUCAGCAGCUCGCUGAGAUUGACAUAAAGCUUCAGGAACUCUCUGUGGACUCUUCCACCAUCUUCAGCCUUGAAAGUCAGGGUGAUACGGGACAUGACCCCAAUGAAGAAAGAAAUACGGAACCAACUCCAGGAGAAAAGAUACUUCGGGACAGCAAAGAGCAAAGGGAUCGGAAGUCUCGGCUGAGAGCCAUCGAUGGAAAGCUGAAAGAGAUCAAUGAACAGUUAAACUCCCCAUCACGUCUUUCUGAGGAACAGCUGAAAUGUCUUCUGGAUGAAUGUGUAGCCGAACAGAAACGCAUUUCUCUUGGUCUUUCUUCUGAAAGAGAAAACAAAGAUACUGAUACAGCACUUGGGUCCCCAUGGCUUUGUCCACCCACCCUCUGUGAGUUACCGGAGGAGUCCGGAGCCAAGGUCCAGAAAACCCAGCUAGACGAUGCAAACAGUCUUGAGGAGGAGGGAUGUGCAUAUUCCACAGACUCCUAUCUUACCAAAGCCUUGGCUGGGCACUACAAACCAGAAGCUCUCCUCGUCGAAGUAGAGACCAUGAGACACCUCCAGUUCUCCAAGGAGGAAGCUUUCAACGAUGCAGCAGACUAUUUUAUGUCAAAGACCAUUGGCAUUGGGAGACUGAAAAAGCCCCCUUUCUUGGAUGAUCCCCUGGACGACAUCAACAUGAACUCCUCCUCAGACGACCAACAGUCGGAAACCAGCCUUGCAGAGAAAUCAGUAAUAGAUUUAAAGAUGUAG